CCUCCCCUCCAUCUUUCUCAGAUCUCGCACUUUCUCUCUCCAACUUUCUCUCUCUGCUCCGCGCUCCCUCCGCGCUGCAACAUCGCCGAUGGGGAAGCAACCGCGCGGCGGCGGCGGCGGCGGCGGCGGCAAGAAGCCGGCCGACAACGUCGGCAAGGGCAAGGUCACGCCGGUCCAGAUCGCCUUCAUCGUCGACCGCUACCUCCACGACAGCGGCUACAAGCAGAGCCGCUCCGCCUUCCGCGCCGAGGCCUCCUCCCUCCUCGCCAAGUCCCCUCUCCACGAGGCGCCGAAGGGGUUGCUGACGUUGGAUGCGAUGCUGAACGAGUACAUCAGCUUGAAGGAGCAGAAGGUGGCGGUGGACCAGGAGAGGGUCCAGUUGGAGCAGGAGCGAUGGAGGAUCCAGGCGCUGCUGCAGGGUAUGCAGGACGCUAUGAGCACUUACAACGCCAGUGCCGGUUGUGGCAGUCCGCCCACGCCGGCAAUCCCAGCUCCUCCUGUCGCCAAUUUGGCGGUUGCUCAUCCUCCGUCUAACCCGAGUAGCGGGUCACCCGCAGGUUGUCCUGCGUACAAUACGCCCUCCCCUGUGCCACCAUCCAUGUCCUCGAAGGUCGGUUUAAAUCCGGAGAAGUGCUCUCUGCCUUCAGGAGGUCAACCAUAUUCAGGCAAAAGGAAGGGCCCAAACACUUCAGCGGAAGCUACUUCAUUGGCAAAGAAAACUCGCACUCUUUCAUCCUCAAGCAGGUCGCUUGACAAAUCUGCAGGUAUAAUUAGACAGUCAAUUGAAGGCAGCACUAAUCAAGGAAAUGCUAACCUUUCCGGGUCAGUGCAGAGCUUAACCCAGAAAAGUGUGAUCAGUGGUUCAUUGGUUCAAGGGUCCAGUAUUGUUAAGAGGUUGUUCAAUCAGCCUUUGCCGUGUACUCCAAAAAAAUCAUCUGGUCCGAAAACGCCACCACAAGGGAUUUCGUCUGUGACUGACAAAUCUGCAUCCUCGGUAGAAGUGUCUUCAAAUGCGGGCUGCAGUAACAAUACUACACCUCAAGAGGCCACCCCAACUCGCUGCACUGUGGUUUCCUACGAAAGAGUUACAGUGAGCCCUUAUAAGCAAGGUGGCCUUUACACGAUCGAGAGGAGCCACUGUGUUUCUUCUACCUCACCAGCCAAGACAGAUUUGAAGAGACUUCAUAGAAGGGAACAUGUUAAGGGAAGAUUGGAUUUUGAUAAUCCUGAUGUGUCAACUAGCUUGGGCAAAGAGCAGGCUGACAAUCCUUUGACAUCUCAAUCUCAAAGUGACGUUGACAUUUUUGACAUAGAUUUUCCCAACUUAGAAGCAUUCGGAGUUUCAUUUUCUGAAUUUUUAGUUGAUUUUGAUUUUGACUACGACGGGAUGACUACUUCUAGCCAGCCAACAUCAGAUGCUUCUCCAGUAACAAUCUCAGAGUCUUCUCCUGAAUCAAGAGGUAACAAUUUGGGGGCUCAUCAGUGUCUGUCAGAGUCUCCAGGAACAGUUACAGAAAUUCUUUCAGAAAAUGACAUGAAUCUCUCAGGCCUAAAUGGAACAAUGGAAUUUGUGACAAAGCAUCCAGAGCCCAGCAGAGGAUCUGAGAACUUGGACCAGGAGAAUUACGCAUCAGAGAAUUGAUUUCCUCUAAGGAAACUUUACUUGAAGCAGAUACGUCGCAAUGACAACGCUAACGGCAAAGUGAUCUGAAUCUACUCAGACAAGCCAGUCUAGCCCUGUUUGUAGUGUCUAAUGUUAGAGCACUGACUUAAUUUGGUGCAUAUAUACUAAACCUCUGAUUAUUUUCCUUCAAAAUCUCAAUGGAAUGGCGAUACAGUACGCUUUGUAUGCAGUUGUUAAGUGUACUUCAAAGUCUUCUUUAACCAUACAUUACCUUUUCAGCCAAUCUCCACAGCUGCUUGUA